GGGAAGUUCCCACGGUGGUGGCGUGGCCGGGGCCGGGGCCGGGUCGGUGCGGCGGGGGGGUCCCGGGCCCGGCCGUGCCCGGUGCAGCCGGAGAGGGGUCCUGGCCCCGCUGUCGGCGCCGGACCCGGCCCCCCCCCCGACAGAGCAGCAGGACGCCUGCCCCGGGACCCCCCUGGUGCCCCCCGCCAUGGUGCUGCGGGAGUCCCCCUUCCCCAGCCGGGCGCUGGCAGCCCUCGACGGGCUGGCGCAGGGGCUGCUCUGCCCCGGCUUCUGGGCCCUCAACCGGCUCCUGGACCUGCAGCCGACGACGGCGGAGCGGGAACGGGGCCGCCGCUGCUGCGGCUGCACCGGGCGGGCGCUGGCGGGGCUGGCGUGCACGGCGCUGCUGCUGCUCUCGCUGCCCCUGACCGCGCUGGGGCUGCUGCUGUGGCUGCCCACGCAGGCGGCGCGGCGGCCCUUUGCCUGCCAUCACGCCACGACGGCCGCGGCCCCGCCGCCCUGGGACCUGCAGCAGCGCCGCAGCUUCACCUUUGUCACCGCCAACCUGUGCCUGCUGCCCAGCGGGCUGGCCAAGUUCAGCAACCUGGGCCAGACGCUGCAGCGCGCCGCCUACGCCGCCCGGCAGCUCGCCCCCGAGCCCCCCAGCGCCCGUGCCAGCCUCAUCCCGCCGGGGCACGGCGAGGCCGCCGGCUACGGGGGGACCCUCUGCAGCCCACCGCGGCCCCACGGCGAGGGUGGCCCCUGGCACUACGGCAGCGUGGCGGUGGAGGUGGAGGGGGACGCGGCUGAGCACACCCCGGCAGGCACGGCCAAGCUCCUCCCGGCGGACGCGUCCCAGCACUUCCCGGCGGACCUCUCCGAGCGCUUCCCAGCAGACGCGGACUUCCUCUGCCUGCAGGAGGUGUACGACGCGGGCGCUGCUGCCCGCCUGCGCCAGCAGCUGGCCAAAUCUUUCCCGCACAUCGUCUACGACGUCGGGGCCCGCGGGCUGCAGGGCUGCGGGCUGAAGCUCUUCGGCAGCGGGCUCUUCCUGGCCAGCCGCUACCCGCUGCUGGCCGUGCAGUACCACUGCUACCCCAACGGCGCCCGCGAGGACGCCCUGUCCGCCAAGGGGCUGCUCUCCGUCCAGGUGCUGCUGGGCUGCGCGCAGGGGCAGCGCAUCGUGGGGUACCUCAGCUGCACCCACCUGCAGGCACCCGCACCCGACGCCGCCAUCCGCAGCGAGCAGCUGACGCUGGGGCUGCACUGGGUGCAGCUCUUCCAGGACGCCCACGAGCAGCACGGGGACAUCGUGGCCUUCGACGUCUUCUGUGGGGACCUCAACUUCGACAACUGCUCCCGAGGUGACGAGCCCAACCAGAGCCACGAGAUCUUCAAGCUGUACCGGGACCCCUGCCGCGUGGGGCCCAAGCAGGAUGAACCAUGGGCCAUGGGCACCCUGCUCGACUACCUGAAGAUCUACGAGGAGCCCGUGUCCACCCCCGAGAACAUGAAGAGGACGCUCUCGCAGCCCGGGGGCCGGCGGCAGUUCCUGGCGGGCCCCAUCCUGUCCAGUGGGCAGCUCGACCCCGAGGCCGGUGACGCCUGGCAGGGGCGGCGCGUGGACUACGUGCUGUACCGGCUGCACCGCGACGACCGGCAGCUGCGUGAGGAGGUGGAGGGCAUCUCCUUCAUCACCCAGCUGGCCUCGCGCUCCGACCACCUGCCUGUGGCGCUGCGCCUCGCCGUGGGCCCCGCAGCCCCCUGAGCACCGGCAGGGGCACGCAGCCUGGGGGGGGGGGGCAUGCAGCCUGGGUGGCAGCCGGAGCCGUGCCCCCCUCCCUGCAGCUCGAGUGCGGCCAGGGGCCUUGCCAUGCACAAGGGGGUGCCGGCACCCACAGGGCUCCUGGGCCACAUCCGUGGGGCUGGGGGCUGCCGUGGGGCAGCACAGCCCCAUGUGUGUGAGCCUGGGCUGGGGGGGGGGGGCAGCCACC